AUGAAGUACGCCUUCACAAAGGACGAGGAGCGGACCCUCAUGGCCGUGUUUGACACGGCCAUCCCCGCCAUGUCGGUCGAGGAGCUACUCAAGAUCGCCCCCGGUCUUUCGGGCGAGGUCGACGCUGACUCUGUGGCUGCCUUCGCUGCCGAGGUCCCGAGCCAGGUCCCCGGUCUGAGGGAGGAGCUGCACACCCUCCUUCCAGCUUUCCUGACGCCCGAGAAGAUGGCCGAGCUCAAGAUGGUCCUUGGUCUGAUGAGGGGUUACUUUGGCUCACUCGCUCUCACCGGCUCGCUCACGCCGUUCGAGUCGCAGCCCAUCGCUGUGCGCGAGAAGCAGCUGCUCGCAUGGAAGAUCAGUGUCAUCCCAACCUUCCGCAAGAUCUACGACUCUCUCGUCAAGCUCGGCGUCGCGCUCUAUGUUCGUAACUCAGUUCUCGUGCGCAAGGUCAUGCGUUAUGACCCGCCGCCUGUGCCCAAGGCCAAGGAAUACUACGACUACUCGUUCCUCUCUGUCUCGGAGGCCGCUGCGAAAAAGUGGGACGCGAUCAUCGUUGGUAGCGGGAGCGGCGGCGGUGUGGCCGCAAAGGCCAUGGCUGAGGCCGGCAUGCGUAUUUUGAUUAUCGAGAAGGGACCCAACAUCGACCUCUCGAAGAGCUACGACGAGCCAUACGCCCUCGCGCACAUGUACGAACGUGGUAUACUCAUGGCCACCGAGGACGACUCGGUCGCCCUCGUUGCAGGUGCGGUGCUCGGCGGAGGAAGUACGGUUAACUGGGCUGCGAGUCUGCAGACCCCCGCGGCAGUCCGUGAGGGCUGGACCAAGGAGUUUGGCCUGCCGUACUUUACCAGCCCGCAAUUCCAGGCCGACCUGGACUAUGUGUGCGACGUGAUGCGCAACAAGAUACUUCUCGAGGGCGCGAGGCGGCUCGGGUACACGCGCGCCAACGUGCCGCAGAACAAUGGCGGCGAAUCGCACGGAUGCGGUCACAACUGCGCGAACGGUUGUGUGUCCGGCGGCAAGAAGGGCGGCGUGCACAAGUGGCUGGCUGAUGCCGCACGCGCCGGCGCGAGUUUCCUCCACGCCGACGUGCGCCGGAUCGACUUUGUCAACCGCGUCGCGUCGGGGGUUACUAUCCGCGAGGGAGAGAGCGAGGUGAGCAUCACAGCCCCCCGCAUCGUCGUCGCCGGUGGGAGCCUCAACUCGCCCGCUCUGCUUCUUCGUUCGCGUGUCCGCAACCCCCGCAUCGGGGCGAGCAUUUUUGUCCACCCGACCAACUACGUCUACGCCACGUUCAAGGAGGACAUGCACCCGACGGAGGGGGUGAUUCUGACCUCUGUCGUGAGCGAGUUCGCCAACCUCACCCCUGGAGGUUAUGGACCGCGCAUCGAGACAGGCCUCAUGCAGCCCGUCCUCAGCAUGUGUCUCCUCCCCUGGAGCGGGGGAGAGGUGCACAAGGGUCGCCUUGCCCGUCACUCGCACAUGGUCGGCCUGAUCGUCAUUACGCGCGACAAGGACUGCGGCCGUGUCAAGCUCGACAAGCACGGCGACGCGGCCGUGCACUACUCGGUCUCCGCCACUGACUCUAACAACAUCCAGACGGGCACGGUUGGUGCUGCCGAGAUCCUCAAGGCCAUGGGUGCCGAAGAGAUUAUCGUCGCGGCCAGGGGUGUGCCCUCGUGGAAGACUGGGGACGACUGGGACGAAUGGACGACGCAGGUGCGCACGACGCGUCCGGCCGCAUACGGAAGCGCGCACCAGAUGGCUGCGAACCGCAUGUCGAGCCGCCCGGCCGACGGGGCUUGCGACCCCAACGGCGCCCUGUAUGGCGUGUCGGGAGUUUGGGUUGCCGACGCGAGUGUGCUCCCCACCUCGUCGGGUGUUAACCCCAUGAUCACGACUAUGGCUGUUGCGCAGAUGGUUGCGCGCGGCGUGGUCGAGGGAUGGCAGGCAGGCAACGUUACUUCUGCUUCGACCACGGCCAAGCUCUAG